UCAUAUAUUACCGGCUUUCCACAUUGAAAGUAAAGCAUCAAGGGAAAGAAAGAAUACUUUUCUUCAUUCCAUUGAGAUUCAAAACCAAGCGUGACAGCAAAGCAUUCCCAACUUUGCUUGCCUACCCUGCACUAACGGCACAGCCUAAGACCAACCUUCACAAGCAUCUCUAUCUUUUAGCAUGCUUCUCCUUCAAAUAAACCCCAAAGCCAUGGAUUGCAAAUCAUCUCUGAAGCAGAAGUUCCAGAACAGGCUUUGUCUUAAACCAUGGAUUCUUUGGUCAAACAACUAAGUAAGCUUAUUUGCUUAAAGGUAAAAUAAAAGGUGACUUUAAACAAAUAAACCAGUUUGUUUAUCGGAAGCCAGGUUAUUUGCUCAAAGUCACCUUUAUCUCAUUUUUAAACAAAUAAGCUAGCCAAAUGCACAUAAUUCUCAUUAGUUGUGUAGGUUGAAAAGCUUCAAAUGUAAAUAAGUAACCACUUCUAUUAGGGGGAGAUUUUCUGGCAUACAACGCCAAAAUACAGAAGAGGCUGGCAGCAUCAGGGAUGGAAGAAUACCACUUCAACAGACUCAGAGUUUCAAAGAGAAGAAGAAAUCCCAGAACUGGUUCCAGAGACAGUUCAAUAGGCAAAUGAGUCAGGAUUAUGAUUCAAGCAAAAUAAUAGAGCAUGCAACCGCAGUGGCAGCUGCUACAUAUGCCAUCGCCACACUUGAAGAACCAGGCAUCCCGGAUCAGAAAAAGACGAGUGAACGCCCUGAAACCUCUUUUAUCAGAAGUAAGAGCAAAAAGGAGGAUACAACACGUUCAGCGCUAGAACCUGGUAGAGCAUCCAAGCGAUUCUCAGGUGAAACUUCAAUGAGACUUCCUGAAGGCAAAGAUACCAAGGUGCCAGAAACUGCUGCAGCAACUGGAAAGACACCCCAAAAACAAAAGUCCAUAGGGCCUGCGCCUUCAAUGAAAAAGACUCCAACUUUUGCUGAGCACUUGAAAAAAACUGACAGUAUACAACCUGAAAGUGCAGCACCAAAACCUGAUCUGCCUGCCACCAUUAAUCUAGAAAUGCCACCAACUGAAACUCAAAGGCAGAGUUCAAUGAGAGCUGAAAUCCCACCAACUGAAACUCGAAGGCAGAGUUCAAUGAGAGCUGAAAUCCCACCAACUGACUCCGAAGGCCAGAGUCCAAUGAGAUUUAGAGCAGAAGAAACAGAAGCAGAAGUUUGGGAGAAAGCUGAGUUGGCUAAGAUCAAAGAACGGCACGAGAAGAUGAAUUCCACAAUACUUUCCUGGGAGGAAAAGAAGAAAGCAAAAGCCAGACGCCGACUAGAUAAGACAGAGAGUGAAGUGGAACGAAGAAGACUUAAAGCUUUAGAAAAAUUUGGCACUGAGAUGGAACAUAUUAACCAGGUUUCAAGAGGAGCAAAAACGCAGGCAGAAGAAAGGCGAAAGAAUGAAGAGUUAAAGGCAAAAGAAAAGGCAAACAUAAUUAGAACUACAGGGAAAGUUCCUAAGACAUGUCUCUGCUUAUGAAUUUAACCAGUUUACCUGGUUUUUCAGGGACAAAGGCAGUCUUUGAAGUUCAACAAAUGUAAUUAUUUAUUUCAUAAUUCCUUAACUAACUCAAAGUGUAAAUUGUAAUACACUGGAAACUUCUUUAUAAGAUUUGUCAUUCCAUA